UUUUUUUUUUUAUUUUGUCGUUUUCUUCUAAGCUUUAUUGAAUAAAGACAUCCUCCCACUUCUUCACCUUUACCAAAAGAAAUGGAGAAGAAGAACCAGAUGAAGGGAGCAACCGAGUUAACUCACCUCCAUGUUUUGGUCUUACCAUUUCCAAUUCAAGGCCACAUAAAUCCAAUGCUCCAAUUCGCCAAACGCCUCCUCUCAAAAGGCCUUACCGUCACCCUCCUCACCCCUACUUCCUCUGCUCACAACCUCAUCAAACCAAACCCUAAUUCCACUUCCAAAUCCCUCCACAUCCAACCAAUCGACGACAGCUUCCCACCCGGCACCAAGCCAGGCGUCACCGCUGAAUACUUCAAUCAAUUCCGAGCCGGCAUCACCAAAAGCUUAACCGAUUUAAUUCGCCACGAUAUCUCUGCUACUACUACUACUACUACCACCACCACCAAACCCCCGCCGAAAUUCCUCGUGUACGACUGUUUCAUGACGUGGGCGCUGGACGUGGCUCGCGAGUCGGGAAUCGAUGCGGCGCCGUUUUUUACUCAAUCGUGCGCGGUGAACGCGGUGUAUAAUGAUUUUAAGGAGGCGGAAGUGAAGGGAGGAGAUGAGGGAGUGUCGCUGCCAUGGAAGGGGUUGCUGAGCUGGAAUGACUUGCCGUCUCUGGUUCAUGAGACGACAGUGUACGGUGUUCUGAGAGAGUUUCUGAUGGAUCAGUAUUAUAAUGUCGGGGAAGCCAAGUGUGUUCUGGCUAACUCGUUUGAUGAGUUGGAAAACCAGGUAAUGAACUGGAUGCCAAGCCAAUGGAGAAUCAAAAACAUAGGACCUACAGUGCCAUCAAUGUUCUUGGACAAGCGACUAGAAGAUGACAAAGACUAUGGUCUCACCCUCUUCAAACCACAAGCAGUCACUUGCUUAACAUGGCUGGAUUCCAAGCAGCCCAGCUCCGUCAUCUACGUAUCAUUCGGAAGCUUGGCUUCUCUCAGCGGAGAACAGAUGACUGAAUUAGCAAGAGGUUUACAGAUGAGCUGCAACCACUUCUUGUGGGUGGUUAGGGACUUGGAAAAAUUGAAGCUCCCGGAAAGCUUCAAAGAGGAGACGUCGGACAAGGGUUUGGUAGUGAGUUGGAGUCCACAACUCGAAGUUCUUGCCCACAAGUCGAUGGGUUGCUUCAUGACUCAUUGCGGUUGGAACUCAACCCUUGAGGCCUUGAGCUUAGGGGUGCCAAUGGUGGCAAUGCCACAAUGGACAGACCAACCAACUAAUGCUAAGUUUAUCACUGAUGUUUGGCAGGUAGGGAUCAGGGUUGAAGUGAACGAAGAAGGGAUUGUCACGAGAGAGGAGAUCAGCAAAUGUAUAAAUGAAAUUAUGGAAGGAGAGAAGGGAAAGGACAUAAAAAAGAAUUCAGAGAAGUGGAGGGAUUUGGCCAUAGCAGCCAUGAAUGAAGGAGGGAGCUCUGAUAAGAAUAUCGGUGAGUUCAUUGCUUUACUUGCAAGCAAUUGAUCUCGAUUCUAGGGUAAGUUUAUUUGGUAAAGAAUCAACUCUCUAGAUUCAUAUUGUUUUUGCCAUUAUGUCAUGAGAUCUAAGUAGCAAAAGCUACAUGUACAAGUUGAAGCUUUGUAUUCAGUUGGUUCCCAAAAUCGCUUCUUGGCUCCUAUCUGUAUUCCAUUGGUUUGUUCCUGAAAAAGGUAGCUCCUCUCUGGAAGUUUUUCAUA